AUGGCCGUGUACACCAAGAUCUUCCUCAAGUUCCCUAGGAGGUUCUGGCCAGAGGCGCCUGGCAAGGAAUUCUUCCUCUAUGCUAGUGAUAGGCGAGGGUACUAUCCGGUAUGGCAACAGUUCAAGAAGGAGUACCCAGGGUCAGACGUGUUGCUCGUGACAGUUAGCGACGACGAGUCGAGGAGGAUCGAGCAACAAUCAGACAACCAGACCAUGGCGGAGGCGAUGGAGGUGCUGAGGAAGAUGUUCCCUGGGAAAGAUGUGCGGGACGCCACCGAGAUCCUCGUGCGGAGGUGGUGGUCCAACAGGUUCUUCAAAGGCACCUUCUCCAACUGGCCUAGCGUUAACCGUUACGAAUACGACCUCAUUCGGGCUCCCGUUGGGAGGGUUUACUUCACUGGUGAGCACACGAGCGAAAAGUACAAUGGCUAUGUCCAUGGAGCGUAUCUUGCAGGUAUUGACUCUGCUGACAUUUUGAUCAACUGUGUCAAGAAAAAUAUGUGCACUUACAAUGUCAAGGGAAAGCAUGACUAA